CCUCGGCUCAGACUGGAGGUUCAGGCGAGCUUUGACGGUGAGCAGCUAACCACCGACCCUGUGGAACACCUGGACCAGCCACACUUCAGUACGGAGCUGGCCUGGGAGCUGGACCGUAAGAUGUUGCACCAGCACAGGUGUGUUUGCUGUGUGUGGGUGUGUGUGCUCAUGUGGGUGUGUGAGGGGCUAGGUAGAUGUAUGGGUGUGUAUGUGUCCACAUGUGUUUGGCCGUGUAUGGUUGGCUGUGUGUGUGUGGGUGUGGCGGUGUAUGGUUGGCUGUGUGUGUGUGGGUGUGGCCGUGUUUGGUGGCUGGGUACGUGGGUGGUCAUAUGUAGGUGGGUGAGGGUAGGUGUGUGGAUGGCCGUGUACUGGAAUUUAGGGGGUUCUGUCUGUGUGGCCAUGUGGGUGGGUAUGGGUGUGUGAGUGGUUGUAUGUGGGUGUUUGGGUCACUUUUGGUAUGGCUAUGGGUGGGUGUGUUGGUGUUGGAGGGCGUGCCAUUAUCUGGGGCUGCCAUCUUAUUAUGUACCCAAAGCGCAACACUUUCCCCUCUCUCACAUGUACAAAUCAUCAAUAAAACAUUUGAUAUUCACCUUAUAUGUUCUUUGGUUUCACAGCUUUGGAGAUGCCAAGCAUCCGGAAGUGGUCAAAGUUCAAGGUCACAACAACGUCAAACAAGUCCAACGCAAAAACGCCUAAUGCAUCUGCUAUUUUUAUUCAAAUGUCUCCAAAUUUGGUGGACACGUAUUAAGUAGACAGCAGUUCCUUUGAUGAGUUUUGGGGGUUAAUUGACUUUGAAAUUAAGGCAAAGGUCGGAGGUCAACGUUGACUCGCAACAAGUUCAAAAUUAAAAAUCCGACAAAGCACCCGUUGAAUUAAAGGCCUUGACGAGAUCUUUCCAGAUGCAGUGUUCGUGCUGCCCAUUCGCUACCUCGCCAAUGGCUAAUUGGAACAGGAUGUGGUGACGUUAGCCACGCUGGUGACUCAAAAUCGCCCGCAUCAAAAGCCCUUCCUGGUAAAAGUUAAGACUGCAGCGGACCCCCAUCAAGCUCCAGUGCUUCGCUGUGGAACCCAGCAGCAGCAGCAGCAGGGAGAAUGUGGGCUACAUCGUGCUGGACCUCAGAUCCGUGCAGGAAGUCCCGCAGGACCCUCACUGGCACGCUCUGCUGAGCAGCAAAUACACCAAGAAGAAGCCGUCGCUUCUCCUCAGCAUGGUGCUGGAGAACGACAGCAAGUCCACGCUGCCGUCGCUGCCGCCGGCCACUCCGCAAUCACCCCAAGAAAAGAAGGCCCAAAAAGCACCCCGCUCGACCUGCCCCCCAGUCCCGAAGCCUCUCCCGGACAAGCUGGAGGCGGUCCUGGUACCUGAGCAGGGUUACCAUCAGGUGGGACCUGACAACGUCGCAACUGACAUGUUUGUGCUGUCUGUCACCGUGGCGUUUGCCGCCAAACUGGAACAGUUAAUCCCCACCACGCUAAAGCUGUCAUCAGAGGACGCUGGCUUCUUCUUCUUCUACACUCUGCUGGGCAACGACAUCACCAGCGAACCGUUCCAGAACCUCCUGACACCAGACUUCCAGCCCGAGCGUGCCUCUGUGCGCAUUUGCAGCAGUGAGCGCGUCCUGCGCACCUUCAUGUCACAGCAGCCACCUUUGCAGAUCCACCUUUGCUGCGGCACGCACUCGCUGGGCAGCGCCGACGUCCCCCUGGCCACACUGGCCGGGCUCGCCGUGGACCUGGAGGAUGGGGCAGCCACGGUGGAGGGCGUGUUCACGUUGCAGCCGCCCUCCCGUGUCAAGCGCUCUUUGCCGCCGCUCCCUGCCGACCUACAGCCCAACGUCAGCGUGGCCGUGACGCUGCGCCGCGAGGAUGUGGUGCCACAACUACAGGCUUUGUCCAACAAAGAAGGAAGAAAGACGAACUCGUGCGCUGUCGUCGUUUCCGCAGCUGAGGACCAACUUGCCAGUUCAACUCCAUCCCGAAACCCUCCUGAUGUUGCGUUGUUGUCUCCUCAAGUCGCUCGGCCUCCCUCGCGCAUCCACCAAGAGCCAGAGAACCAGCAGGAGGCACUGUCGCACGCAGACGUGGAGGCGCUCGCCCCGAAUCAGGCCCAGGGAGACGGCGACACUUCCUCAGUCCUCAUCUUCCCCUCCAAACCAUCUAUUCCGCCGUCUGCGCAUCACUACUGUUUCUCUCUGGACAUCUGCAGCCUCAGACAGACCGGACUCACUCACACCAUCGCCGCCACGGUCAGGUACUCGUACGAAUUCUUCGGUAGCGCAGUGCCCGUGAUGACCAGUCGCCCCGUGGAACUGCACAGAAACACUGACUUGUCUCUGCCGCACUCGUAUUGUGCCUUCGACUUUGCUGCCGUGCCACAGCAACUGCAGGACACCUUCCUCAGAGUUCCUCUGGUAUUGGAACUUUGGCACAAGGACACCAGCAGCACCACGGAUCUCCUGAUUGGCCGUGCCUCUCUGCAGCUGUCCCGCCUCCUCGCUGCCGAGAGGAGCAGACAUCCAGCGAGCAUGAGGGAGGCAGCUUGGCGCCAAACCCACCAAGACCGUGUCCCCUUCUUCUCCACUCUAAGUUCCAAUGAGAAAGUGGCAGAGCUGAGUUAUGCGGCAACGCUGGACGACUUUGGACUUGUUAAUGUGAAGGACAUCCCCGUGUCCGAUUCGGCACAGAAUGAACCCACGGCUCCUCUGCAGGAAACACCCACCCUCCCCGCGCCACCCACUGGGCCACCUGCGCCCCCCGUGCCCACAGGCCCGCCGUACCCCCGAGACACCAUGGAGUACCGUACGGCCCUGGAGCUGGAACUGUGGAAGGAGACUCAGGAGGAUCUGUUCAAUGAUCAGCUUCGGAAGAAGGAGUUUAGUCACAUGCAGGCUCUGGCAGAGGAGUGGAUGCGACGGGAACACGAGAGGGAAGCCUGGGUGAAAAAGAAGGAGAUGGAGUGUAGUCGUUUGGAGGAACAGCUUCAGAAGACUCUGGCUGAUCUCGAGGAGAAAGAGAAACAUCUGAUUGAAGCCGAGCUAAAGACCCAAAGGCUGCAGCGAGACUUGCGUGCCGAGCACAAGCUGACCCAGCAGGAGGCACAGGAGACCAUCAGGAGACUGCAGCUGGAGUGCGACCACCGGAUGGCGCUGGAACGAGAAAAAGCACGCCUGAUGGAGGAGGAGCGAACGCGCCUGCUCAAGCAGAUCACAGAUGGAGAGAACCGCUACAAGCAACUGGAGAAAGACUUCCUUCACCUCAGGGAACAGCAGAACGUUAGACCCGAAGUCCGCCUGCAGACCGAGAUCAAAAUCCUGUCUCUGGAGAAGGUGGAGCUGGAGAGGAAGCUGGAGUCCACCACCAAGUCGAAACUUUACUACAAGGAGCAGUGGGGACGCGCGCUCAAGGACCUGACUCGCUUCAAACAGGAGAAUGCCAUGAUGCUUCUGAAGAAGCAGCAGGCGGAGAUGGACGCCAUGAGACUGCGCUCCGCGGCCACCGAGGAAAAGGAGGCGGUCCGACAAGAGCGACAGGAACUGGGAGACAUCAUGAAUCAACUCAACAGGUUGAAGCAGCAGGGGGAUAUAGGCCCGGCGACCUCAGCCCCGGCCCCCAGUUUGAACCAUAACACCGAGGAGCACCUGAGCCGCCUUUUGGAGGAGCGUGACACGCUUCUCCGGACUGGCGUCUAUGGACACGAUGACCGCAUCAUCGCCGAGCUCAACCGGCAGAUCGGCGACGCCAUGGCUGGCGCCAGCUGACGGCCAGUCGAUGCACAGGCAGGUUAGAUCAGAGCAGGAAAUGUGUUGCACUCAGGGAAGUGCUAGCCACCUUAUGCUAGGCUAGGUUAAUCCUGACAGCUUUUUAACUUGAAAGUACCAUGUUAAUAAUCACAAGGUCUUUCAUUUAUUUAUACGGGUUUUGGUGUCACGUGACAGAAGGCGCUACGGCCUUGCCAAAGACAUUUUCUAGUAAAACCUAACUUUCCGUUCUUGAUUUUCAGAAUUUAAUUAUCAAUAAAUGGGACGAUGUUUGCAUACAAGGAGGUAUGUGUCUGGCCUCCCAUCUGAAAUUAAACAACCAAGUCAAUUUUCUAUCUGAAUAUUUAUGAAAAUGCGUCCAAUUGUGACAUCGUAAUUUGGCUAAUUUACAUAAUCACGCCCUUCACCGAGUUUCUUCACCCAUUACUCGGCAGCUAGACUGGGUGAAGAACCACCAUUUCCAAGCGACUACAUGGAAGCACCAUCAAGCCAAAGCCAAAAGGUAAGCUGAGCUGCACUGUGCGUUACCAGCAUAAGCUUCUGAUAAGCGGCACAUACUCAAAUGUUCGAAUAAGUUGUCGACGUGGUGGCGCAGAGGGGUAUUUGUGGCCGCUGCAUGCACGACAAUAAUUGACAAAGUGUAAAUUGGGCAGCUUGGUGAUGAAGUGCUGCGCCUCCAGCAGAGAAAAUACAAUCAAAUAUUAAAUGACCUUUGCUUUACAAGCUGUCACUAAGUAUUAGCAGGUGGCUACGUUGGCAACACUGAAUAGCCCUCGCUUCGUAGCUUCGACCCCGGUCAUCAUGGUUCCGAAAGCCAUACACUGCAUUUCCAUGAGACAGAACCGCCCCACUAAAUCGGAGUGAUUUCAGGUACAGUGGUUGUCAAAUGUGCUGUCGUUCUGUAUCCUUUGUGCAUUUUCACACAGCAACGUCAGAAAGCUUGUAUUAGCACACAAAAAGAAAGGAUUAACAUUUGUGAGUUGACAAAAUGGACUCUUAUUUGGACUUUGUUUUCUUCAGGUCUCACUUUUUUAUUUUUAAAAUCAUGCAAACAUGAGUGAGACAAAAAGCAUCAGCAUUUGUUUGACGUUCGUUUUUUCUUACACAAAGUCAUCUUUGUCAGCAAAUAGCAGCCACUUCCUGUUCAGUUCAACACAUUUAAGCGGGGUAUACGCGUACACUUUUUUGUUUGCUGUCUUUGACGGCAAGGGAGGGAAAAUGCUCAAAAUGGGCUUGAUUUUCGGCUUGCUUGUUAACCCAUUUAAACAUUAUGUCACCCCACACCACGGUAAUUGCUCAGGAUCAUUUUUUGAGAAACACGAUAAUUGGUCGGGGAGUCUUACCUAAAAUUGGUCCGAUUAUCAGUAUGUUUGUACCACCUUUACUAUUUCCGAUCAGAUUGGCGAGUAAAAAUCACUCUUAACACACCUCCCUAACCCUAUCUUUCGAGACGUGCGAUAAUCGGGUCUUUGCCAACUUUGAUCGAAAUGGGGUAAUCUGACUCAAAAUCGCUCCUUUUAUCUGUACAUGUGUACCCUGCUUCCGCCUUAGAGUUCAAACUUUAUUGUUCAUUCAAUGAGUUCGGCUCUGAAACAGGAAGUGAUUGGCUGAUUGAUAAAAAUAAAAAACUAAACCUAAACAAACAUGAAAGUGUCCGUGAUGUCAAAGUGACACAAUGGUCCAAAACUUUGGUGUGUCGAGUGUGCAUUUGCUUCUUUGGGGUAAAAAAAAAAAUAUAUAAACACACGAAAAAAAACAUUGAUGACGAGCGUCUUUGGUCACGUGAAAAUGCAAAAAAAGUUAAAUAACAUAAGUCAAAGUGCCGCCAAGAUAAAUAUUCUUUUUAUUUCUUUGUCCAUGACGUCAGUGACGUGUUUAUUUUGGUCUCCGCCUCCCUUUUUUCAUGUUGUUUUUCUUUUCUUUGUCUGCAAAAUAUCCAAGAUAAAGUCCAACAAUCUUUGGUUUGCUGUGAGGUGUCAAACCUUCUGUCGUCUGGUUGAGGGGAAAAGUAUGAAACAAGUCAUAGCUGCAGUGAACCUCCUUGCCACAAGAGGGAUCCUCUUUUAAGAUGUCUUCUCCUUCAGGUUGCUCCCCUCGAGACCUCAGAACCUCAUGAGAACUUUGGUAAAACGUCAGUGGAAUGUUAGUACAUCUGUAGAACUUCAAUGGAACAUUAGUAGAACCAACUUUUUUGUAGCUCAUCAGGACAUUUGUAGAAGGUCAGGAAUUAUAUUGUAGCACUUUGGAAGAAUUUUGGUAGAACUUGUGGAACUUUUUAUAGAACUUUGGUAGAACUUGCAGCUUUGGAAGGACUGCAGUGAACCUUUGGAAGAACAUUGGAACUUAAGUAGAAAUUAGGGAAACCUUUGGUAAAACAUCAGGAGAAUUUUGGGAGAAUUUUUGUAAAACAUUGGAAAAGGUUUGGUAGAACAUCAGUGAACUUAAGUAGAACUUUGUUAAAAGACCAGUUAAAUUUUAACAUUUUAGAAGAACUUUGGUAGAACAUUAGCAAACUUCAGGAGAACUCAUCAGUUGAGUUUCAGGGAAAAUUACGUAUAACAUUAGUAGGACUUUUGCGGAGCUUUGGUAAAAUAUCCGUUGAAUUUCGGGAGAAUUUUAGUAGAACUUGGGAAGAUGUUCAGUAGCUCAGUAGAACUUUGAUAGAACUUGGGUUGAUCUUUGGUAUAACAACUUUUUGUUGUUGUUGUUUUUUUUUUGUUUUUUUUUCCUAUGUUAGGUCAAGUAGAAAGGAAGCUCUGUAUCCCUUUUAUGCCGGAACAGUUUUACUGUCACUGUGGACUUUUUAAGCUGCCACUGUGGUUUAUUUGUAUUCUGAUGGCUAUUUAUUGAGAAUUACAGUCCAUCCAUCCACCCAUUUUCCGAGCCCGUUAUCCUCACAAGGGUUGCGGGAGUGCUGGAGGCUCUCCCAGCUGUCAUCGGGCAGGAGGCGGGGUACACCCUGAACUGGUUGCCAGCCAAUCGUAGGAGAAUUACAGUCGUUCAGAACAAAGUUUUUAAAGGGGAGUGACAGAAAAACAAACAAAGGAGAGACAGUAAAAAGGUAACUAAAUAAUAUAAGAAAAGAAGACAAAAGACAAAGCACUAGCUGUAAACAAGAUGAGGAAAGUAAAGCAUUACUUGUACAAUGACACAUGGGAUUCGAGUGUUGUAUGGGUCUGUUGUGUGUGGGAGGUGGUAUCAUUCCGAUAGAACUUUGGUGUAACCAUAGUAAAACUUAGGUAGACUUUGGUAAAACAUCAGUGAAAUUUUGGGAGAAUUUUUGUAGAACUUUGGAAGAAGUUCAGUAGCUCAGUGGAACUUUGAUAGCACUUGGGUUGAUCUUUGGUAUAACAAGUAUCAUUCCGAUAGAACUUUGGUGAAACCUUAGUAGAACUUAGGUAGACUUUGGUAAAACAUUGGUUGAAUUUUUGGAGAAAUUUGGUAUAACAUUGGUAGGACUUAAGUGGAACAUUGGUAAAACAGCAGUUGAAUUUCGGGAGAAUUUUUGUUCAGUAGAUCAGUAGACCUUUGGUAUAACCAGUGGUAUUUUGAUACAAUUUCAGAAGAACUUUGGUAGAACUAAGUUGGACUUUAUUAAAACAUUGGUUAAAUUUUUUAAGAAAUUUUGUAGAACCAUCAGAGGAACUUUAGUAUAACAUUGGUAGAACUUAAUUAAAACUUUUGUACAACAUUGGUAGAACUUUGGUGGCGAUUUGGAAGCGAUUUUGUGGUACUUUAGUAGAACUUGGGUUGAACUUUAGUAAAACAUCAGUUGAACUCUGGAGAAAUUUUUUAAAACUUCGGAAGAACUUCAUUAGAAGAUCAUUGGAACUUCAGUGAAACUGUUAGACCUUUGAUAUAACCAGUAGAAUUCUGGCACAAUUUUGAAAGAACUUUGGCAGAAUGAGUUUUUUAACUUUGGAGGAAGUUUGGUAGAACACCAGUGGAACUUUGGCAUAACAUUAGUAGAACAUUGGUAUAACACUGGUACAACUUAGGUAGAAUUUUUUUCGAACACUAUUAGAAUUUGUGGAACCUCAGUAGAAUUUUUGUACAACAUUAGUAGAACUUCAGUGGAACUUUAGUAGAUUUUUAUAGGACUUUGGAAGCAGUGGAACUUAAAUUAGUGGUAGUAAUUUGGAAGAGCUUUGGUACAUCAUUGGUAGAACCUCGGUAGAGCAUUAGGUAGAAAGUAAUGUAAGUAAGGUAGGAAUUUGGUUGAAUGAUGGUAGAACUUUGGUAUCGCUUUGGUACAACAUUAGCAGAAUGUUGGUCGAACUUUGGUAGUGGUUUUGUAUACCUUUGGUAAAACCCUGGUAGAACGUUGGUAGAAAUGUGUUAGAAUAUUGGAAGAACUUCAGAAGAGCUUUGGAUAAACUGGUAGCACUUCAGUAGAACAUCGGUUGAACCCUGGUGGAACGUUGGUUGAAAUUCAGCUUUGGAAGAACUGGUGCAGAACUUUGGUAGUAGUUUGCUGUAAGUCAGUUCCAUGAGUGGUAAACGAAUUUUGUCUCGUUGGAUGUGAGCAGCGGUAGAAAAGCCAGGAAGGACUAUGGAGGCCAAAGGGAGAACAUGAAGAAAGCACGUUUGUGGUUCAUCCGCCAUGUUGGGAGCAUGGUGGUGGGGUUCGGGUUCUGUUAUGUUGUGUUCUAGUCCACCUCUAUAGACUCCCCUCCCGCUGAUCCUUCGCUGUUGGGUUUACAUUCGUUCGGUAAUCUCUGGUGACGGCUCAGCUGUGUGGCCUGAGUGAAACUGCGAUCGCAACGCUCGCACCUAAACAAAAAAAAAUAAAAAAUCAAAACAAAAAAACAAGAGGACCGUUAGUUACCGAAAUUGUUAAACACAAGCACUAAAACACUAACCCUUGUUUAAAACCCCAAACCAGGAGUCAAACCCUUAUUAAAAUCCCUAACAGAGGCUUGAAAUCCUGACUCUGGCUUGAAACCCUAACCCAAAUUUGAAUUUCCGGAGAAAUUUGGUAACCGUAUUUUGAAAUCCUAACCCCUUUUCAACACAUGAAACUGAUUGAAAAACAACGUGCCAUUCAAGCUAGGAUCUCCACUGCACACAUGCGCUGUUUUUUGUUUUUGUUUGUUUUUGCUGAGCGCUGACUGACUUUUUGAACUUUUAAGUCGUGAUGACUAGCUUAGUUCAACUGCCGAUUGUUGUGGCAGCUUCGGGAUAUACCUGGCUGUGUGUCCCCUCAGAAAUGUCUUUUUAGGUCGCACAGUACCACCACGAACGUAGACGUGGACCGCGAGGACUCGAGAAGAAGCAUUAGUUUGCUGAGUUACAGCCCAAGGAAAUUGCCGAGAUGUACCAACCUUUGCCGUACUGUAGGCAUGUUUACAAUCUGCGGCGUAUCGCUCACCUUUUCCAACGGCUAUCCGGUUGCAUCGGUUUGUCGUUCCAACCCUACUUGAAACCCUACUUUGAAAACAACACUCUAGUUUAACACACUUAAGGCUAACUUGACACCCUACUUUAAAACCUAAACCCCUACUUUGAAAUCCUAACCCUUGUUCAAUACACUAAAAGCCUAUCUUGGAACCCUAAUUUGAAACCCCUUACCCUGGCUUGAAAACCUAAUUCGAUUACCUAACCCUUGUUUAAAACCGUGAUUUCAAAUCCUGUCCUUUGUUUGAACCCUGACCCUGACUGAAAUUCUAUUUUGAAGCACCAACUUUGUUUGAAACCCAAAUAGGAAACACCAACUCCUAAUUUGAAACCCUAAACCUGGCUUGAAACCCCAAACCCUCUCUUGAAACCUUACUUUGAAAUCCUAACCGUUGUUAAACACACUUCGCUGAGCAUAAAACCCUAAUUUAAAACUCUAACCCAGACUUGAAAUCCUAAUUUGAAACACCCUUUGUUUAAAACAUGAACCCACAUUUAAAACCCUGACCCUAGAUUAAAAAGCCAAAGCCAGACUUGAAACCUUUCUCUGAAAUCUUAACCCUGGCUUGAGACCCUAAUUUCAAAACCUUACCCUUUUUUUAAAUCCCUAACCCAGGCUUAAAACGCUCAUAAUAAAAAAGAAAUGUUGUAAUAAGUGUUCUCGUCUUCAGUUCCCUAUGUAACGUGUUGCAUAUGGUUACGUAUCAUACGUGCUUUUCUUCCAGUGUGUACAGUACAAUUAUCACGAAAUUAAAUUACCGGUAGUGUAUCAUGAUGAUAUUGCAAUGAUGUCGUAUUGUAACUAUGGAAUUCACACCCCUGAAAUACACGUGCGUGCGCGCGCGCACACACACGCGCGUAUGUGAUGAGUGUGUUGUCAAGGGUAAUACAAAUUGACAGUACAAAGUGUGUGUGAGGUCAACGGAGCAGUCAGCUGGAAUGCUGCUGUGAUCUUCUCACUCACACACACACAAACACACUCAUCAAUAAUCUAUCAAGCCAGCUGCUGAAGGGAAUUCCCAUCUCUCUCUCACACACACACGCACACACACAGUGUUACACCCAAAUGGAAGCCUUUUAAUUCUGACGGGUGUGUGUUAUUGAUUCGUGAAACAAGUCAUAUGUUAGAUGGAUGGAAAGGUUUUGAUUUUACACCGACUAAUAAAAAUAACGUAACUUGGCGCAAAAGAAAACAUCAUGAUAAAAUAACACGUAAUAAAAUAUGUGAUAAAUAAUGACUUAAUGAAGACUGUUAUCAACAUUGGGAAAGAAACUUGCCUCUUAUUUCUUUUAUUUUUAUUUGAUGUUGUUCCUUCAAUUUUAUUUAUUUUAUUUGUGUAUUUUGUUACUAUAACGUGUUUAUUUUGUAUUGAAUUUGGUCAUACUUUUAAAUAUUCUAUUGAUUUAAUUUAUUCUAUUUAAUGUAUUUAUUUUGAUUAUAUCCAUUUAUUUUUGGGUAUUUGUUAACUGUAGUUGCUCAUUUUGUUUUAUUUUCUUGAUUGAAUAUAUUAUAUUUCAUGUAUGUAUUAAACUUAUUGUAAUAAUUUUUUAAUGUUUAUCAUUUCUUUAAAAUGUUUAUGUAUAAUUAUUUCCUUUUUAUUUUGUAGUCAUCAAUUAAAUUUGUUUAUCAAUUUAAUUUAUUGGCUUCGUUAUACUGAUUCACGUAUUCAAAUAUUUUAUUCUACCCAUUCCAUUUUUUAGCUGGGAUAGGCUCCAGCACACCCGCGACCCGAGUGAGGAUAAGCGAAACGAAUGAAUUUAAUAUCCAUCCAUCUCUGCGAUUGGCUGGCAACCAGUUCAGGGUCUACUUGAUCCAUGCAUCCAUUUUCUGUACCGCUUAUCCUCACUGGGUUCGCAAGCAUUGCUGGAGCCUAACCCUGCUAUCUUCGGGCGAGAGGCGGGGUACAUCAUGAACUGGUCGCCAGCCAAUCACAGGGCACAUAUAAACAAACAACCAUUCACACCUACGGGCAAUUUAGAGUUUUUAAUCAACCCACCACGCAUGUUUUUGGGAUGUGGGAGGAAACUGGAGUUCCCGCAGAAAACCCGCACAGACACAGGGAGAACAUGCAAACUCCACACAAGCGGGGCCGGGGAUUGAACCCCCGUCCUCAGAGCUGUGAGGCAGACGCUCUAACCAGUCCUACCGUGCCGUCCCCAGAAUUGUGAGGCAGAUGUGCUAACCAGUUGCACACCGUGGCGCCUUGAAUUUAAUAAAUUUAUGUAAUUUCAUUCUAUUUCAUUUCAG